AUGAAAUCGGCUAAGAACUACUGUUCUCUUGACCCAAUGCCAACGCCGCUGGUAAUGGAUUGCCUGGAUACGUUACUACCAGUAAUUACCCAUCUUAUUAAUUCCUCUUUGGCUAAUGGCCACUUCCCUAAGAAUUGGAAAGAAGCAUUGGUUAAACCACUUCUUAAGAGAGCAGGACUUGACGCUGUAUUCAAUAACUUACGCCCAAUUAGCAAUCUACAGUUCAUUUCAAAACUAGCAGAACGAGCUGUAUAUGAGCAGACAUAUGAUCACUUGAUUUUGAAUGAUUUAUUUCCAGAAUUUCAGUCGGCUUACAGGAAGGGAUAUAGUACAGAGACAGCACUUUUGAAAGUGCAUAAUGAUAUCCUCCUUAGCAUGGACCACCAACAGGUGACUCUACUUGUAUUGCUAGAUCUUAUUGCGGCAUUUGACACAAUCGACCAUGCUACCAUUCUCCGCCGAUUAGAAACAUCAUUUGGAAUUGAAGGAAAGGCCCUUGAGUGGUUCUCGUCGUAUUUAUCCAACCGAUCACAGAGGGUUGUAUUUGGUGAUGGUCUCUCAGACAUCUCCCAUGUGGUGUACCGCAAGGUUCCUGUCUCGGACUCUUACUUUUCACCAUGUAUGCUAGCAAGUUGUUUCAGAUUAUUAAAGAGCACUUGCCAUCUGCGCAUGCGUACGCAGACGACAGUCAACUUUAUAUGUCAUUCAAGCCGGACAGUAAAGAAUGUGAGACUAGAUGUGUAUCUGCAAUGGAGACGUGUAUAG